CGCGCACGCACAGUUUAUCUCUGAUGUCAUCGUGACAUUCUUGAAGGGGAAUAACUCCGGGGCACAAAAAAUGGCGACGCUCGCCAGGAAGGUUCUUCUUCGGUUGUUGUUUCCUGUCAGUCAACGAAGUGCGUGCAAUAGAUGUCUGUCCACAAGAUUAGCUGAAGUUGGACUGUUGGAGAAACCAAGGGAACACGGAAAAUCUUACGAAACGGGACAGCUUUUUCUACACAAAAUCUUUGGAUAUAGAGGUAUAGUUCUCUUUCCUUGGGUUGCAAGAGUGUAUGACAGAGAUGUGGCAUCAAAGACAGAAGACAGAUCUCAUGAUGAUCAAACCACUUCUGUUGGCAAAGAAGUCAAGGGUCGCAACCAUCUUUACUAUCAAGUUCUAAUAGAUGCCAGAGAUUGCCCUCAUAUUAGAGCCCAAACAGAAGCAGUUACCUUCUUGGGAAACCAGGAAAACAGUAGAGCACUUUAUGCUAUACCAGGUCUGGACUAUGUAGCCCACGAGGAUCUGCUGCCAUAUUCUACAGAAGAAAAAAGUCCUAUCCAGCAUGAGCUCUUUGAUAAGUUUCUCAUGCAUGACCCAGAAAGUAGCCCACCUUUUAUGGCUCGAGAAACCCUGCGGGCUUGGCAAGAGAAAAACCAUCCGUGGCUGCAGCUCUCAGACGUGCACAGAGAGACAACAGAUAGCAUACGCAUUACUGUUAUUCCCUUCUACAUGGGAUGCAGAGAAGCUCAGCAGACAAACGUGUAUUGGUGGCGGUACUGUGUUCGUCUGGAAAAUACAGGGGAAGAGACAGUACAGCUGAGGGAACGGCACUGGCGCAUUUUUAGCCUCUCUGGCACCCUGGAAACCGUUAGAGGACGUGGUGUGGUUGGGCAGGAGCCUAUUCUGUCACGUGAGCAGCCCGCCUUUCAGUACAGCAGCCAUGUUUCCUUGCAGGCGCCCAGUGGCCACAUGUGGGGCACUUACAAAAUGGAGCGUCGAGAUGGUACAAGCUUUGACUGCAAGAUUCCUCCCUUCUCACUGGAGAGCAAAUCAGAAGACAACAAUAGCCCUCAGGGUUUUCUGGGUAGAUAGGAUUUGCUCUUGCAGCAAAAGACAUGGCCUCAAGACUUUUACCAGAACACACCAAUCUGAACUACCUUCUGAGAGCUUUUUCCAAGAUUCGUGACCGCAAACAAGUUUGCAAUAUACUGGAAAAUUAUUAUUAUAGGCUUUUUCUAUAUGGAUUCAGUAGCAUAUAAAUUUAAGGAUUAUGAUUCUAUAAACCAAAUUCAGCACCUUUUUCCUGAAAUUUAUUUUAACCUCGCUUAUUUUAAAGAAAAAGAAUUGUUUCAGAUUUAACAUCCUGGCAGAGAUUUUGCUUGUGGUUCUUGAUGUGUUCACAAAUGAUGUAUAUACAUACUGUAGCCUAUAUUCAAUGUUGGCUACCUUUCAACCAGACUGACAAAUAAAGCAAGUUUUAUUUGUGCAGAA